CACGAAAGAUCUCAAAGCCCGCAAACUUGUGGCUCACAAAAUUUCCUCCUUUGCUGAUGUGGCAUUCUCUGCCUUUCUUUAUUUACCUACUAUGACUUCCAUCUUCCAAGUCCUCUUCUUUCCUCCUGCUUCUCGAUCCAUCAACGACUACAAAUUCAGGACUCCACUGUCACAACUGCGAGAGAAUGUCGGAUUUGAAGGACUCUGCUAUAAAGCUCUUUGGCAAGAUGAUUCCAUUGCCGCUUUCCCACCGCCAAGACUUUUCUUCUGCUAAUGAGUCUUGUUCAGCAGCUGCAGCUCCUGCCUUUAAGGACUUCCCCGAUGAGAGUACUGCUUCUCCACUUGACAAUAUGUUUGGGAGGGAAAAAGAAGCCCAGGAACGCAACAGGGUCAGGGAAUCAUCAGGAAAAGAAAUCACCGAUGAUGAACACGAAGAUAGUACCUCAAAUCAUGUAACUGAGGACUCAAAAGAUCCAACAACAUCAUCAGACAUUUAUAAGAAACCCACGAAUUCCUCAGCUGCGAGAGAAACUUCACCCCAGAAAAGCUCUAAGAAUGGAGAACAAAGCGACACAAGUAUCUCACAAGAAAAGACUCUGAAGAAGCCUGACAAAAUACUUCCAUGCGCUCGAUGUAAUAGCAUGGAUACCAAGUUCUGUUAUUACAACAACUACAAUGUCAACCAGCCCCGUCAUUUCUGCAAGAACUGUCAGAGAUACUGGACUGCUGGAGGAACUAUGAGGAAUGUGCCUGUUGGCGCUGGUCGGCGCAAGAACAAAAGCUCUUUUGCUUCACAUCACCGUCACAUAAUGGCAUCAGAAGCUCUCCGAACAGCUCAAGUUCAUGCAGUGAAUGGGGUUCAUAACCCCUCUUUAGGAAACGGCAGCACUGUUCUUUCCUUUGGCUCAGAUUCUCCUCUUUAUGAAUCUGUGGCUUCUAUACUGAACCUUCCGGAGAAAAAACAGAACAAUGUUAGAAAUGCGUAUCAUAGACCUGAACAGAGAAUUCUUAUUUCUUGCGGAGGAGCAGGUGAUAGAUUAAGUGGAUCUUCUGUCACAGCUUCGAUUUCAUCUAAGAAGGGAGGAAACUGUGGCUCCAAAGAAGUUGCAACUAAUAAUCAUCAAGGCUUUCCUCCUCAAGUACCAUUCUUUCCAGGGCUACCUUGGUCUUAUCCAUGGAGCUCUCCAAUGCCUCCUUCUGCUUUUUCUCCUUCUGGAUUUCCAGCAUCACUUUAUCCGGCACCAGCUUACUGGGGUUGUACUGUUCCAAGCCCUUGGAAUGUAGCACCAUGUCUCUCCCCACAAUCGCCUUCUCUGAAUCACUGUGCCGCAAGCUCGAGUCCUACUUCUCCAUUAGGGAAACAUUCAAGGGAAGGUAAAAUCCUAAAUCCUGUCCACUCAGAAGAUCCCUCAAGAGAGAGCAACUGCUCAGAAACAAGUGUUAUGAUUCCAAAAACUUUGAGAAUUGAUGAUCCCGGCGAAGCUGCAAAAUGCUCUAUGUUGGCAACACUUGGCAUAAAGAGUACAGAUAAAUCCAGUUUGAAUGGAGGAGGGCUCUUUACGGGCUUCCGAUCUAAAAAUGAAGACUCAAACUACAUGGCUGAAAAGUCUCCACUUUUGCAUGCGAACCCUGCUGCCUUGUCCCGUUCUCUCAACUUCCAUGAGAGCACCUAAAAUGAGGCAAUUGAGAUGUACACUGGCAAUUAGGUGGAAUGGAAUUUCAAUCAGUUCAGCUUUCUCACAUCUGACAAAAUUUGUGCCCCAAGAAGGCCCUGAUACUGACGUCCUUAAUGCUGAUUGCUGGAAUCAGUUGGGAAGGUUUCCAAUAUAGAGGAAAAAGCCCAAAAAUGGAUAUCCUAGCUAUUUUACCUUGUACCAGAGCAGUGCAGAGCCACCUCUCGCUGGCUCCUAUAGCAGCCUUUUAAUCUGCUUUGUAGCAUUAUGAACAAUAGGUGUAUAGAUAUCUCGAACUGUAAGACAUAUAUGUGGCUUGAAACAGCACAGAAUCUUUGGAUUUUAUGCAAUUCAAAUGUUGCAGAAUAAAUUGACAUAUCUUCUUCAUCA